GAGAUACACUUCCCUAUUAUUUAUAACAAAUGCUUUUUGAUAAACGCGGUCAGCAAACACUUGCAAAAUGACCUCAAUUAUUAAACUGCACACCAUCUCUGGUGCCAUGGACGAGUCGCCGCCGUGCUACAUUUUACAAAUAGACGAUGUGCGAAUAUUGCUUGACUGCGGCUGGGACGAGAAAUUCGAUCCGAAUUUUAUAAAGGAAUUAAAAAGGCAAGUGCAUACCCUGGACGCAGUGCUGCUAUCCCAUCCAGAUGCAUAUCAUCUCGGCGCGCUUCCAUAUCUGGUGGGCAAGUUGGGCCUCAACUGUCCCAUCUACGCGACCAUACCUGUCUUCAAAAUGGGCCAAAUGUUCAUGUACGAUUUGUAUAUGUCGCACUUUAACAUGUACGAUUUCGAUCUGUUUUCAUUGGAUGAUGUGGACACAGCCUUUGAAAAGAUCACGCAAUUAAAGUACAAUCAAACGGUCUCCCUGAAAGGAAAAGGCUACGGCAUUUCCAUAACACCACUAAGCGCUGGUCACAUGAUUGGCGGCACCAUUUGGAAGAUCGUCAAAGUUGGCGAGGAGGAUAUUAUUUAUGCCAUUGAUUUCAACCACAAGAAGGAACGGCAUCUCAGCGGCUGUGAGCUGGACAGACUGCAGAGGCCAUCUCUGCUGAUAACCGACGCCUACAAUGCACAAUAUCAACAGGCCAGAAGGCGUGCGCGCGAUGAAAAACUGAUGACAAACAUUCUGCAAACCGUGCGGAACAAUGGCAAUGUACUUAUCGCUGUGGAUACAGCUGGUCGCGUCCUGGAGCUGGCGCACAUGCUUGACCAGCUGUGGAAGAACAAGGAAUCUGGUUUGAUGGCCUAUUCCUUGGCGCUGCUCAACAACGUCAGCUACAAUGUCAUAGAAUUUGCCAAGUCACAAAUCGAAUGGAUGAGCGACAAGCUGACCAAAGCCUUUGAGGGCGCGCGCAACAAUCCCUUUCAGUUCAAGCACAUCCAUCUCUGCCACACGCUCGCCGACAUCUACAAGCUGCCCGCAGGUCCCAAGGUGGUGCUUGCCAGCACACCGGAUAUGGAGAGCGGCUUCACCCGCGAUCUAUUUGUGCAAUGGGCUAGCAAUCCAAAUAAUAGCAUAAUUUUCACAACACGCACCGGUCCUGGUUCGCUGAGCAUGGAGCUGGUGGAAAAUUCAACGCCAGGCAGGCAGAUCGAACUGGAUGUGCGGCGACGCGUUGAGCUGGAGGGCGCAGAGCUCGAGGAAUAUCUGCGCACUCAGGGCGAGAAACUUAAUCCGCUCAUUGUUAAGCCAGAAGUUGAGGAGGAGAGUAGCUCUGAAUCCGAGGAUGAUAUUGAAAUGAGCGUUAUUACGGGCAAGCAUGAUAUUGUGGUGCGGGCCGAGGGCCGUCAUCAUUCAGGCUUCUUCAAGUCAAACAAACGCCAUCAUGUCAUGUUUCCCUACCACGAAGAAAAGAUUAAGUAUGACGAUUAUGGUGAAGUCAUCAAUCUGGAUGACUAUCGCAUUGUGGACGCCGGCUACGACUACGCGCCCAUGGACGAGCAAAACAAGGAGAACGUUAAAAAGGAGGAGCCACAUGUGGAGCAGCAGACCAAUGGCAACCUAGACAAUGAUGUGCAAAUGCUGGAGAAACCCACCAAGUUGAUCAGUCAACGCAAAACCAUUGAAGUCAACGCACAAAUCCAACGCAUCGACUUUGAAGGCCGCUCCGAUGGCGAAUCAAUGCUGAAGAUUCUCUCACAGCUGAGGCCGCGGCGCGUCAUCGUGGUACACGGCACAGCCGAGGGCACCCAGGUGGUGGCCAAGCACUGUGAGCAGAACGUUGGCGCUCGCGUCUUUGCGCCGCAAAAAGGCGAAAUAAUCGAUGUGACGACGGAGAUUCACAUUUAUCAGGUGCGCCUAACCGAGGGUCUCGUUUCUCAGCUGCAAUUCCAGAAGGGCAAAGAUGCGGAGGUGGCCUGGAUUGAUGGUCGCCUUGGUAUGCGCCUACAGGCCAUCGAUGCACCCAAUCAAUCGGAAGUCACUGUGGAGCAGGACGUGGCGGCGCAGGAGGGCAAAACGCUUACAUUAGAAACUCUCGAAGAAGAUGAAAUUCCCGUGCACAACUCGGUGUUGAUCAACGAACUGAAACUAUCCGACUUCAAACAGGUGCUAAUGCGCAACAACAUUAACUCCGAAUUCUCUGGCGGCGUCCUCUGGUGCUCCAAUGGCACACUGGCGCUGCGGCGCGUUGAUGCCGGCAAGGUGGCCAUGGAGGGCUGCUUAUCGGAGGACUACUACAAGAUACGCGAACUGCUCUAUGAGCAGUAUGCCAUUGUAUGAGGAAU